GUUCUUCAGAUUUUAUACCGCAUCUCACUCUGCGAUAACUCGCAGUUUACCGAACGAGGAAACCAAUUCGUCAACCUUGGAAGGACGAAACGGAUGGCCAUUGGACUGAUCCAACAUAAGCCUCGUUCUUCAAUCUUAGUGUGUGGGUUUCGGGGGCUGUGCUUGUGGAUACUAAGCGCUAAUCUACAUUUGGCAUACAGUUCGGUUCUGGCCAUCAGCCAUGAAGGUACGUCUCGACCUUGGGCGUUGCUGAGGCUGAGUCUUUUCGCAUUUGCCGAGCAGUGCGUUUUUAUGAAGUAUGUAGUGCGUAACUCUUGGAUGUACGCAUGGAACAUCACUUGCGAUUCCUGGGAAGCAUUUCUAUUCCGCCUAGUCUGACAAUAUUAAACGUAAGUCUUUCCUAUGUACACUGCGCCUGAAAUGUAAGGGUCAUAACCUUCCUC